UUAUAAAGUUACUUCCUGUCAACAGAUGGCAGUGUGACAAUAUGGCUGCAAAAGCAAAGUUUAGUCGGCUAGAAUCAGAAAUUGAAAGGUGUAGAGCGGAACGAUCAUGGUUAAAGGCAUUAGAAGCAGCAAAACAACUUGCAAACAAAUAUCAGCAUUUGGAUUUUUAUGUGACUUUUACCCAUGCAGAAAGCACUUUAGAACAUUAUGUCAAGGACAAUAUACCUCUAGAAAAAAAUCACAAUAAAGCCUGCGAUCAACUGGCAGAUGUGGAGAAAACUCUGUCUGGUAUGGCCAGCAGUGGCAAUAAGCUGUCUUUUGAAGCCAAACUCUUACUAGCUAAGCUGCAUUACUGUAAAGGUUCGUAUGAUGAGGCAUUAAGACUUUACGAUGAGAUUAACUUGGACAGCGUCCUGGAUCAGAACAUGGCUCCUCGUGUGCUCCAACUCCUGGCUGAAGCUUACUCCAUCAAAGGAUCAUGCUUGGAAUCCAAGGGACCCAGCACCACCAGCAAAUUUAAGGCUGCUGAACAAGAGAAGCUGGUGUUACAGUGCUUCGAGACGGCGGGGGACUUAGCCCUGCUGUACGUCCAGGAGAGAGAGAAAAUGGCUCAGAGCAAUUCAUCUGGAGAAGAAGAGAUAGACAUUAUCAUGGAGAACGCCAUCAAACAGUCUCCACUCAUGUACAUCAAAAAAGGUGACAUCAAACAAGGAGUAGGACGAUUUAGAGAGCUACUGCGAGUGGUGGAAUCUAGAUUCACUCAAAGUCUUCGACAGGCACUGGCCAGGCAGUUGGCUGAAGUUUUGAUCCGAGGCAUGUGUGAGAAGACGUAUAUACCACUAGAAGUUAGUCAUUCUAACUCGAGUCAAGUGACACAUCCCUUACCUAGAAAAUACUCAGGUGAAAAUUUGUUCAUCCCACGUGAACUUAAUGAAGAGGCAUUAUUACUACUUCUUGUGGCAGAAGCAAUUGUGACAAGAGAGGCGGUGCUUAACCAGUCAGAGGAACAUCGGGAGGACCGACACAUCAGCUAUGAGAACACGACGGCGGUCUACGAUUUACUGGCCAUCACUCUGGUCAGGUGUACUCAGUUCCUCAAACUAUCUGAUUCCUUUGAGAAGGCUAUGAGAUUUUCAUUUGAAGAGUUCCAUAUCUGGCAUCAAUUUGCAAAUACACUUAUAUGCUCAGGAAAGUAUAGCAGAGCCCUUCAUGUCUUGAAAGAAUGCUCCAGACUAAGACCAAAGAAUACAGUGGUUUUACUGCAAGCAGCAAAGUUAUGUUUUGAAUGUCUCCAUCUAUACAAUGAUGGAAUAAACCUAGUCCAGCAGGCCAUAGACAGCUGUUCCGAGAGUCACCCCCUGCUGUCUGUCGAUUAUACUUUUCUCAUUUUCGACUUCAGUCUCAAGGCCCACUGGGCCAAUUUACAGGGCGACAGCCACAAAGCACACAAGAAGGCAUUAGAAGCAUUUAAAUAAAGGGCCACUGCAAAUGAACUGGACCAGAAUGAUUACCUUGCAUUAUUUCAUCUGGCACUACAGUUAGCACUACAAAGACAGAUCAGUGAGGCAAUAAGAUGUGUUAAGAUGUCCCUGAAACAUAAGAAUGACUACAUUCACUCCCUCCACCUGCUGGUGCUGCUGAUGACAUCGGAGAAGAAGUACGAGGAGGGGAUGACCCUGAUCCAGGCGGCCCUGGAGGAGUAUCCAGACAACCUCAGUCUGAUGCUGACCCGCAGUAAGCUGGAGGAGGUGCUCCUCGGCCCGGAGUAUGCCCUCGACACGUGUCGACAGAUGUUAGAGCUCUGGAAGGAACUGUACGAGACAGACGUCGAGGACACAUCAUCUGAGAAGAAGUACAGAACCAUCACAUCUAACGACAGAUCAACAUUUGACAGGAGAAGUUUUGCUCAGCUCCAGCUAAAUGAACUGAAUGAUAGAGACACAGGAUCGGUGAGGGCGGAGUCGGUGGCGGCCUCGCGGGUGGAGCAGACUCUGUCUGAGGUGGCGUCCUCCAUGGGAAGUAUCCUCCACUCCCGCCCGGGCUCCCAGGAAACCUGGCUCCUACAGGCCCAGAUCUGGCUCCACCUAGCGGAGUUAUAUCUAAGCCUGGACAAGAUGACAGAGGCGGAGGGCUGUGUACAGGAAACUUCAACCAUCUUCCCACUGUCUCACCAUGUCGCUUUUAUGAGAGGACGGGUAUAUGAACACAAACAUAAGUACGAGGAUGCCAAGUGCUGGUACGAGAAUGCUUUAUCCAUCAACCCGGCCCACACAAAGUCACUUCAACAUCUGGGAAUGGUGCUACAUGAACAAGGGAACAAUAAAAUGGCGGAGAAAGCACUGCGAGAGGCGGUCAAUGUGGACCCAACCGCACAUCAGUCAUGGUUUCGACUCGGUCUUGUGCUGGAGAGUCUCGGAGAAUCAUCAGCUGCCAGCGAGUGUCACAUGACCGCCCUUGGUUUGGAAUCAUCCAGUCCUAUCGUGCCAUUCUACGUUAUUCCACACAUGCUGCAGUGAUAUUACAAUUAAUUUCCCAAACCUACAGUGCAAUAAACUCUAUUGUGAUAAUUUUUUUUCCAGUCAAUGCUGAUACUAAGGGAGCAUUUCUAAUUUAUAUUUGUUAUCAAUUCUCUGUAACUGGGAGGAUUUUUGAUUUCUGUUCUAUGCAGUUUAUAUCUGCGUAACUGUUUAUUACGUGCUUGUGUUAUUUUUUUUAAUUUUUAAUAACUGCGGCAUUAUAUAUGAAUUGUUUUUCUGAUUAUAAUAUCAGUAACUGUAACAUAUCGUAAGUGUUGGUUUCCUUUUUUUAUGUUUUAUUUCUUGUUUUAUUUACUACAGAAAUUUGCAUUACCAAUAUUUUCAAAUCUCAAAAAUCUGUUAUAUUUUGACCACCAUCUAUUCAUUCCAUAAGUAUAAACAAAGGUGUGAUUUCUUUUUUUUUUUUAUCUAUUUUCAUUGUCCAAAACUUGUGUCUGGCUAUGCUUUUGUUUUGCAUUCUAUUUUUCUGCCAAAUUUUUUUUUGUCCAUCAGUGUCAGCCAAUACCUAUUAAGUCAAAGAUGCAUUGUAUGUUAUGUCUGCAGCAUUUGAUUAAUGUGCAAUGUGCAUAGCAUAUUUUACAUUAUGCUUUUAUAUUGUAUAAUUUAAACAUGUACUUAAUAUACAUGUAGAUCAAUAUUGAACAACAUUCCUUUUUAUAAAAUAUGUAGAACAUUCAGGUUGAUGUUCAUCAGUAAUUCUUCUAAUGCUUUUUACUACGAAAAGUGCUUCAUAUACAGAAUGGGACAUGGCAUGGAAGGAAAAAAAUAAAAGAUAUGUCACUUAAAUAUGUUUUUUUUAAUCUAAGCAAUAUCACAAGAAAAUUAAAAUACAUGUAAAAUAAGUGAAACAUAUCUUCUUAAAAUUACAGGUGA